UAACAUCAUUCACUAGUGCCGUUCGGUUUUCACUCAUUAGGUUUGAAUUUGUAACAUGGUUUAUGAAGAAAUGUAAAUUGUAAUAUAAGUCAGGAAUACAAAUAUAUUUAAUCGUAAAAAAAGGUAAAAAAUAGGUAAAUAUGUCAAUCGAAUUUAAAAAACGUAAAGUUAUUCAAAAUCGACGUAGACGAACUACAUCUGAUAGUGAAAACAGUGAUGAUGAAACUGCUGUCGUUCAAAAUGAAAAACGUCAUAGAAAAUCAAAUCCAUUUAUACAAAGUACAUCAAACAAAAAGCUCAAAGCAUCUGAACUAAUACAUGAUUCUUCGGAGAGUGAUAAUGAAGCUGUAGGUGUUUCAUAUCGUUCUAAAAUGGACACCGACAUGAGUGGACCUAAAGAUAUGGGCGCAACAGCAACAAUUGAAAUUGACACUGAACUUGACAAAGAUGCUCAAGCUAUCUAUGAACGUUCUUUACAAGUAAAUAAAGAACUUAAAGGUAAAGAAGAUGACAAGGUUUAUAGAGGUUUAGCGAAUUAUACUCAAUAUUAUGAGAAAAAAGAUACAGCAUUAGGUAAUGCAUCUAGUGGAAUGGUACGCAAAGGACCCAUAAGAGCACCAGCCAAUUUACGUUCUACUGUUCGUUGGGAUUAUCAACCUGACAUUUGUAAAGAUUAUAAAGAAACUGGUUUUUGUGGUUUUGGUGACAGUUGUAAAUUCUUACAUGAUCGUUCAGACUAUAAAUUUGGGUGGCAAUUAGAAAUGGAAUCUUCACAACAAUGUGAUUCAGAUGAUGAUGAUCCAUCAAAGUAUGAAAUUAAAGAAAAUGAUGAUGAUUUCCUGCCUUUUAAAUGUUUGAUUUGUCGAGGGUCUUAUGUUAAUCCUGUGAUGACAAAAUGUAAACAUUAUUUCUGUGAAAAGUGUGCAUUAGCUCAUUUUAAGAAGAGCACUAAAUGUUUUGUUUGUGAGAAACAAACUGGAGGAUUUUUUGAUCCAGCUACAGUUAUUAUCGAAAGACUUAAUGCAGCUAAUACAGACUUAAUACAUCAAUGUAAUUCAGAUGAAGAAUCGGAUUAAUUAGUAUGUUAUAAUUCCAUACUCCAUAGCCUUCUCAUUGGCCUCUUGCCCUCAUUAUCCAUUGUCUUGGCGGCUGGUGUUGAUAAAAAUUGUUUUUACUACGACGUCGUUUCUGACAGUUUCUGUUGUCUUUUUGAUU